UCUGACCGCCCGUCCUUAGGGGACAAAAUCUAGGGCAAAUCUCUCCUCCAACCUCAACACCCUCUAGCGACGAAAGACCUCAGCGCGCGCACCUGAAGCAGUUUAAUGCUUGGUAAAAUGGCUACAAUCGGUGCAGACCCUGUCAUACAGAUUGAUGUUGACGACGAUCGAGAUUCAGCGGCCGGAGAUGACAAUACGUCAUCAACUGCUAGUGUGACCAGCUCUAUCCUCAAUUAUCGAUUCGAAAACGGGCGAACAUACCACGGGUACAAGGACGGAAAGUACUAUAUGCCCAAUGACGAAACAGAAAACGACAGACUAGACUUGCAGCACAAUCUGUUCCUCCUGACUUUUGAUAACAAGCUUGGUCUCUCCCCGCCGAACCUUCCCGACUUCAAGACUGGCCGAGUUCUGGACCUGGGUACCGGUACAGGCAUUUGGGCCAUCGACUUUGCUGACGAACAUCCCGAGGCUGAGGUGAUAGGGGUCGAUCUGUCUCCUACCCAACCGGAGUUUGUGCCACCGAAUUUACAGUUCGAGAUUGACGAUAUUGACGAAGAAUGGACUUAUUCUCUGCCAUUUGAUUAUAUUCACAGCAGAAUGAUGAACGUCUCAGUCAAGAACUGGCCAGAGUACAUACGCAAGAUUUUCGAAAACCUUACUCCGGGCGGCUACGCUGAGCUCCAGGACGUCGAUAUAAUGAUGCAAUCAGACGACAAUACCCUCACCCAAGAUCAUGCCCUUUGGAAAUGGGGCUUUUUUCUGGCCAAAGCCGGACAGGAGCACGGAACUCCUUUCAUCGAGACUAAUCGACUGAAACACAUUAUGACCGAAAUCGGAUUUGUUGAUGUCAAGGAGACACCAUUCAAAUGGCCGUCAAACCACUGGCCCAAGGAGAAAAGAUUUAAGAUCCUUGGAGAGUGGAGCAACCUAAACACAGUUAACCUUCUUGACGGACUUUCAAUGGCUUUGUUUACAAGAUGCCUUGGCUGGACCCCUGAGGAGGUUAAUGUUUUCCUGGUUGAUGUCAGGAAGGAUUUGAACAACCCGAAAAUCCAUGCCUACUGGUCAAUCCGUUCAGUUUACGGAAGGAAGCCUAAAAUCAAGUAGGCAAAUGCGAUUUAGAUAUUUAAGGCCGCCACCAUUUUCUUUUAAUAAACUUA